CCUUUCAAUCCGUACAUCGAGGCGUCCCUCUACACAACAUCGGCAUCGCGUGAGAAGUGGGACGCUUGCGCGAACCUCUACUCGCUCUUGGUCUCCCUCGACGCUCUGGAGCGAGCCUACAUCUCGUCGCACGCCGUCGAUGAGCAGCGAUAUGCUCCUCAGUGUACACGCUUGCUGGCUCAGAUCAAGACGAGCGUCAAGCUUGUGACAGCGAGUGGAGCUAGCGCGGGAGGGGAGGGCCCGCCUCCUGUUGCAGACGUCGAUGAAUUCAUGGCCGUGUGGGGGCUCAACCUGCCACUGACAUCGCAUCGACUUUCACUAGGGAUCCCCGCCACUCUGGAACAUCCUGGUGGCGGAGGCGGAGGAGGUGCCGAUCGAGCCAAGAACGUGGCCGAGACGACUCAAGCUUUCAUCACGCUCAUGGACGCAUUGAAGCUCAACUUGCGUGCCAAAGACCAGCUUCACCCACUCCUUGGCGAGGCAGUGAGCUGUUGGAAUCGGCUAGGAGGUGGAGGAGGGCAAGGCAGUGGGGAUGACUCAGGGCUCGGAGGGCGGAGGGAGAAGUUGGUGGGAUGGCUCAUCACGCUCAAUCAACUGCGGGCUAGCGACGAGAUUGACGAGGAUCAGGCGAGGCAGAUGCUCUUCGACGUCGAAGGAGCCUAUCAAGCGUGGUUCCGGAGUCUU